GUUUGGUUAAAAUAAAAAUAAUACAGUCCACUCAAACUCGGGAAUUAAACAUAUUAAUUCAUAACCAUAUCUUUGGUCUUUUUCGCCAGAUAAAGUAAUUGAUUAACAUGGAUCAAUUAAAACUACUGAAGGUAGCAGCCGUGCGAAGGCAAGCAUCACGCGUUUGCUAACGGCGUCACAAGAUCCACGUGCGGGAUCACCCUGGGAACUGGACGAAAUAACAGUGUCAUUGGAUAGGCUCAAUACCGUUUGGAAGGAAUUUGAGACACUCAGCGACAAAAUGGCCCUUUUCGAAGAGGAGGAGGGGUAUGUCGAUCCAGCCAUCGACAACGAGCGGUACGAAGACAAGUACUUGCAAGCAAACACCUUAUUUCACUCGCUAAAACGGGCUUGCGAACAAGCAAGGGAGAGCGAGGGGGAAAGCAACAACGGAAGACAGUCUGGCAACCUUGAUGAAGCCUCAUCUAUUGCAUCAGGGUUGGGAAACGAAAAUCUGGUUCGUUUUCUACAACAACAACAGGAGCUUAAUGAACGUUUGGCUGAGCAACAAACUACGUUUUUGCGGGCAAACUCGACAUCAAACGUAAUGCAGAACGAGUUGCCAAAAAUACACGAGCGAUGCGUGCAGGCGCUCGGCCUGGCGCGCUUGCCAUCACGAAUUUUGGUGUAGGGAAUUUCUUCGAUCAAGGCUGAGACCACUAGAGGCUGCAGCGCACUGGAUAUUCAGUCAAGAAUAUCAGAACACACAAUGAAGGUACGUGCCCACGUAAUCAGCAAAACUACCUCCACGUUGGCAAGACACAAUAUCAACGCCUCAGCACUUAAGGCGUUCGAUGGCUUGGAGCUUGCAGCUUCUGACUACCAAUCGUUGGCGCCAGUAGAUUUUCUCUUGGGCAGCGAUUGCGUUUGGACCGUGUUCACUGGUAAAAAGCUUUUCGACAGCCAGGGGAAGAUCAUCGCCAUUUCGACCAUAUUUUGAUGGGUCAUUACAUCGAUCGUGACUACAGGCUCUUCAUCUACAAAAACUAUGCACACGGCUAUUGACAUUGAUGCAUCACUUCGACGCUUUUGGGAGCUGGAGGAUGUCAACCAAGAACUUCAUCGCAAACCAGAGAACGAUGAAGUUGAACAGCACUUUUUGAAGACACACACAAGGGACCCCAAGGGAACACUCGCAAGAUUCAAGGGAGUAGAACGCCGUCUAAUGCAAGAUCCCAAUUUGCGCUCACAGUAUGUAAAGUUAAUGCAUGAGUAUCUCAACUUAGGUCACAUGCGAGAACUAUCGCCAGAAGACAUUGACAAGAAACCAAAUUUCUACUUGCCACAUCAUCCAGUAAUUACCCAAAAGUUAAGGAAAGUUUUUGACGGAUCAUUUAAGGAUUCUAACGGAAAUUCCUUGAAUGACCCGCUACACAUUGGUCCCAGUAUCCUGCGAAAAUAUCGUCAAAAUGUACAGACAAAUCUUGGUGGCUGCCAAGCAUUGUAGCUACCAGCGAUUUGUAUGGAGAGAUGAUGAAUGUUCGCCUAUCAAACACUAUGAACAGUCCACGGCAACAUACGGCACGUCUAGCGCACCAUUUUUGGCAGUAAGAGUUUUGGAUCAGUUAGUUCACGACCAUCAACACGAAUUUCCCACUGCUGCGAAAGUCGUAAAGAAGGAGUUUGAUGUGGACGACGUACUCACCGGAGCAUACUCAAAGGAAGAGCUCGUUUGCAAUCAAACUUAUGAAAUGUGCAGGCAUGAAGCUUGGAAAAUGGGUCUCAAACUCGCCACGCAUUUCUGAAGCAACGCUCACUUCCGAAGGAAAAGGAUUCCAUUCAACAGCGAAGGUUCUUGGCAUCCAUUGGGAUCCAAAGCAAGAUACGCUCUCAUUCAAAGUUUGCCUUUCAUCAAAUCCGAAGAACUAUAAGCGACAAGUGCUGUCUGACGUGGCACGCAUAUUUGACCCGCUGGGUGUCCUAUCGCCAUGGGUGGUACAAUUCAAAAUUUUGUUUCAAGAAUUGUGGCUUCUUGAUCUCGGCUGGGAUACGGAACUUCCUCCAAAAAUCGCUGAAUGGUGAAACAAACGCCGUAUCGACUUGAAUGCACUACAAGACCUACGUAUGCCAAGAUUUAUUGACAACAAGGAAAAUCACAUCGAACUGCACGGAUUUUCGGAUUCUUCUAUUAAGGCUAUUAGGCAGUUGUCUACAGCAGAUUAGUACGCGCGAAUGGUGCUGUUUCUGUGACAAUCAUAGCAGGAAAAACCAGAGUUGCUCCGCUGAAGCAGCAAUCACUACCGCGCCUCGAGCUGUGUGGAGCUCUGCUACUUAGUCGACUCAUUUCUUCAAUCAAAAAUGCUCUACAACACAAGGACAUACAUGCGUGGUGCGACUAAACCAUCGUUUUGGCAUGGCUUUCACACCCACCAUCGAAACAUUUGUGGCAAACCGAACGACAGAAAUACUUGAUACUAUACCUCACAAUGUCUGACAUCAUGUAAAUACUAAGGGAAAUCAAGCUGAUUGCGCCACUCGAGCAUGCUGGCUGCAGAACUCAUUCAUUUCGACCUGUGGUGGAUGGGUCCUCCAUGGCUGCAAGAUCAAGAAAAACUCGAGGUAAAGUUGAGCUGCCAAAAGUUCUGUUCUUCUAUUUCUUCCACCACACUGACUACUCAUGAAGAUAGCUCCCAGCUCAUCAAGCUUUCACCGAUCAUUAGCAGGGAUGGCCUUCUUCGAUUCGGUGGACGACUGGAUAAUUCACAAUUACCAGCUGAUGUCAAACACCCAAUUUUGCUUCCCAAAUCGCACAGCAUUACAAGGAUGAUUUUUGAACACGAACAUGCGUCAAAUCUGCACCCUGGAGUUUCAGCACUUUUUGUCAUUAUUCGCCAAAAAUAUUGGGUCUUUGGCGCACGCAACCUCAUAAGGAAUCUGGUGCACAAUUGCAUCAAAUGUUUUCGCCAACGAAAUCAAACAGCACAACAAUUCAUGGCCGAUCUACCGGAGAUUCGUAUUACAGAAGCACUUCCCUUCCAGCUCUCAGGCUGCGAUUACGCUGGACCAUUUAUUCUCAAGGAAAAAAGAGGGCGAAAUUCACGAAAACCUAAGGGCUAAAUAUGUCUGUUUGUCUGCCUCGUCACAUCAGCCGUUCACUUGGAACUGGCCACCGAUCUCAGCACAGACACCUUCAUAGCAUGUCUUCGUCGUUUCAUGUCCCUGCGUGGGAAAUGUUCUCAAAUCCUUAGCGAGAACGGGACGAAUUUUGUUGGUGCCAAGCGGGUUUUAGAUGAAAAGCAGUAACUUUUAUCUUCACAGAAGCAUCGUAAUACAGUAGCGUAAUCUUUGGCCACCGAUGGCAUAAAAUGGAAUUUCAUACCUCCACACUCGCCACACUGGGGCGGAAAAUGGGAGUCAGCGGUACGUUCUGUGAAAUUGCACCUUCGACGCGUCGUGGGAAAGACGAUCUUGACUUUUGAGCAAAUGCAAACUUUAAUCGCCCAGAUAAGCGCGGUUGUGAACUCAAGACCGUUGUGCUAUACACCUGACACUGACAUCACAUACUUGUCGCCAACCCACUUUCUUAUUGGAUGCCCAUUUACAACUGUUCCAGAGGGUGAGCUAACUCAGUUGCCAAUCAAUCGCAUGGACUAUUGGCAACAUUUGCAAUCCAUGUAUCAAGGAUUUUGGAAACGCUGGCACCAGGAAUACUUAACAUCGCUACAGCAACGUCACAAGUGGAACAGCAAGGAACGCAACAUUUCAGUGGACAACGUCGUGCUUGUAAAGGACUCAAAUCUUCCACCAGCAGCUUGGCAACUAGCCCGUGUGUUAGAAGCUCUUCCUGGACCAGAUGGAUUUGUACGCGCCGUGGAACUUAAGACAUCCACCGGAGAGAUGACUAGACCUAUCACCAGAGGAUUCAACGGUGACCAUCAGCAACAUUGCUCGUUUACAAGACACUCCAUGCGCUGAAUCUUCGUACAACGGAUCAGCUACUACUACACAGCCACAAGGGUACUCGUUCGCAACGCCAAAGGAUCAACACUUCCUGUCGGGUGCUUUUGGACAGUGGUUUGGAACUGUCAUACAUCUCCGAGCGAUGCGUGCAGGCGCUCGGCCUGGCGCGCUUGCCAUCACGAAUUUUGGUGUAGGGAAUUUCUUCGAUCAAGGCUGAGACCACUAGAGGCUGCAGCGCACUGGAUAUUCAGUCAAGAAUAUCAGAACACACAAUGAAGGUACGUGCCCACGUACUCAGCAAAAUUACCUCCACGUUGGCAAGACACAAUAUCAACGCCUCAGCACUUAAGGCGUUCGAUGGCUUGGAGCUUGCAGAUUCUGACUACCAAUCGUUGGCGCCAGUAGAUUUUCUCUUGGGCAGCGAUUGCGUUUGGACCGUGUUCACUGGUAAAAAGCUGUUCGACAGCCAGGGGAAGAUCAUCGCCAUUUCGACCAUAUUUGGAUGGGUCAUUACAUCGAUCGUGACUACAGGCUCUUCAUCUACAAAAACUAUGCACACGGCUAUUGACAUUGAUGCAUCACUUCGACGCUUUUGGGAGCUGGAGGAUGUCAACCAAGAACUUCAUCGCAAACCAGAGAACGAUGAAGUUGAACAGCACUUUUUGAAGACACACACAAGGGACCCCAAGGGGCGUUACAUCGUCGAACUUCCAUUUAAAGAUCCCAAUAAGCAGUUUUCGGAUACUCUUUAGGGAACACUCGCAAGAUUCAAGGGAGUAGAACGCCGUCUAAUGCAAGAUCCCAAUUUGCGCUCACAGUAUGUAAAGUUAAUGCAUGAGUAUCUCAACUUAGGUCACAUGCGAGAACUAUCGCCAGAAGACAUUGACAAGAAACCAAAUUUCUACUUGCCACAUCAUCCAGUAAUUACCCAAAAGUUAAGGAAAGUUUUUGACGGAUCAUUUAAGGAUUCUAACGGAAAUUCCUUGAAUGACCCGCUACACAUUGGUCCCAGUAUCCUGCGAAAGUUAGUCUCAAUUUGUAUCCGAUUUAGAAUGUUUAAGUUCGUCUUCUCCGCAGAUAUCGUCAAAAUGUACAGACAAAUCUUGGUGGCUGCCAAGCAUUGUAGCUACCAGCGAUUUGUAUGGAGAGAUGAUGAAUGUUCGCCUAUCAAACACUAUGAACAGUCCACGGCAACAUACGGCACGUCUAGCGCACCAUUUUUGGCAGUAAGAGUUUUGGAUCAGUUAGUUCACGACCAUCAACACGAAUUUCCCACUGCUGCGAAAGUCGUAAAGGAGGAGUCUGAAGCAACGCUCACUUCCGAAGGAAAAGGAUUCCAUUCAACAGCGAAGGUUCUUGGCAUCCAUUGGGAUCCAAAGCAAGAUACGCUCUCAUUCAAAGUUUGCCUUUCAUCAAAUCCGAAGAACUAUAAGCGACAAGUGCUGUCUGACGUGGCACGCAUAUUUGACCCGCUGGGUGUCCUAUCGCCAGUGGUGGUACAAUUCAAAAUUUUGUUUCAAGAAUUGUGGCUUCUUGAUCUCGGCUGGGAUACGGAACUUCCUCCAAAAAUCGCUGAAUGGUGGAACAAACGCCGUAAGGACUUGAAUGCACUACAAGAGCUACGUAUGCAAAGAUUUAUUGACAACAAGGAAAAUCACAUCGAACUGCACGGAUUUUCGGAUUCUUCUAUUAAGGCGUAUUCGGCCUGUGGUGGAUGGGUCCUCCAUGGCUGCAAGAUCAAGAAAAACUCGAGGUAAAGUUGAGCUGCCAAAAGUUCUGUUCUUCUAUUUCAGAAAACCAUGGUAAAGAAGAGGUGAAGACCUCCACACUGACUACUCAUGAAGAUGGCUCCCAGCUCAUCAAGCUUUCACCGAUCAUUAGCAGGGAUGGCCUUCGGUGGACGACUAGAUAAUUCACAAUUACCAGCUGAUGUCAAACACCCAAUUUUGCUUCCCAAAUCGCACAGCAUUACAAGGAUGAUUUUGGAACACGAACAUGCGUCAAAUCUGCACUCUGGAGUUUCAGCACUUUUUGUCAAUAUUCGCCAAAAAUAUUGGGUCUUUGGCGCACGAGUUACCGUACCGGUACCAUCGACUAUGCCACCGCCUAAACCUCCCCGUGUUACCCUCUUCCAAGUGGACAGUGACCGACAGCUAGCCGUUCGUUGUCCCACAUAAGAUGCACAUAAGAAAUGCAACAUCAGCACAAGGCAGGAUGUUGCUAAACGACACCCACUCAGCAGAGCUCCAGAAAAUACCUUGUUAGCAUUUACUCACCCACACAUACAUAAUUGUAAACACAUAAAAUUCUUUGGCGGAGGUUUGAUUUGAAUCUCAAGCCACAAUAAAAAACUAUUCCGUUUGGAACAACCAAA